AUGCAUAGGCAGAGUAGACAGACUAGUGUAGCGUUGCAGGGGUCCAGCUCCUGUGAAGAGACAGCUUUCCAGGACCGCUAUGAGGUCCUGAGGACCAUUGGGCGUGGUGGGUUUGCAGAGGUGCAAGUAGCCCGCCAUCUCCUCACUGGGGCAGAGGUGGCAGUGAAAGUCCUGCGAAAGGUAAAGCAGAACCUGUUGGUCCUCUCUGAACCGAAUGUGAUGAUGUCCCUGGAACACCCCAAUGUGAUCCAGCUAUUUCAGGUCAUUGAAACCCAUGAGCACAUCUACAUGGCGAUGGAGUAUGCAGGUGGGGGUGAGCUACUCAAGCACAUCCCGACCGGUGGCAUGCAGGAGGAGGAGGCCCGGAGAAUAUUCAGGCAGAUCGCGGGUGCAGUGGGCUACUGCCACAAGAAUGGCAUCGUGCACCAAGACCUGAAUGCGCAGAACAUUAUGUUGGAUGCCCAAGGCAACAGCAAACUCAUUGACUUUGGCCUAAGCAUGAGAGUCACAGCUGGGCAAAAGCUGCGCAGGUCCUGGGGCACUCUCGCGUACCUGGCUCCCGAAAUUAUCCUGCAUCGAGAAUAUGAGGGCCCCCCAGCGGAUGUGUGGAGUUUGGGUGUCAUUCUCUUUUAUAUGUUGACAGGGAAAUGCCCAUUUAGGGAUAUCUUCCAUUGGGAGUUGGCGAGGCAGAUCGUGGAGGGAAGGUACCACAUUCCUGACAGUGUUCCUCCCCUGGCACGGAGGCUCAUUCGUAGAAUGCUGAGCGCCAAUCCCAUGAAGCGCCCUACAGCAGAGCAAAUCCUUCAGCACCCAUGGCUGAGGGAGGGUGAGGAGGCUUCACCCCAUCAGUCUAGUGAGCCACUCCCCAAACGCCCAGACCCCGCCAUAAUGGCAGCCCUGUUGGACUUGGGUUAUAACCCAUAUAAGACCUGGAUGUCUCUGACUAGUGGAAAGUUUGAUGAUGCCGUGGCUGCCUACCUGAUCCUUCAGCACCAGAUAAGCCAGGGAGCAGGCUGUGUGUUCAAGGAGAAGCCUGCACAACCGAGAGUUGGACCUCACCCAUGCCCCACAGACCUUUCUGAUGGCUCCGUCCUCCCAAGGAGGAGCACCAGCGAGCCUGCCCUUCAUACCUUCCGCUUGCCCAAUGAUCAUGCACUUCUAAGAGAAGCCAAGCAUUCAGGGCAGAAGGACCUCAGAAGGGCCACCAUGCCUCUCACUGAUCUUCGCCUCCUGCUUGCAAGGACCCUGGUGCUCUGCAUAGCCCCCUUGCCUGCCCUUGCAUCUCAGAAGCCCAAAUGUACCUCCAGAGGGCCUCCCAAGGCCUGGAAGCCGGUGGCUGGGAGGAGUGCCACCUGCUUCUGCCAGCUGUGCUGCUGCGUGCCUUGUGGCAAGAAAGAAGGGACUCCAGUGACCGGAGAGGAGAAACUUGACAGAGGCAGAAUAAGAGUGGCUCCAGAGUGA